AUGUCACCCUCCCCACGUCGCGAGCGGAGGCACAUCGGAGAACGAAACGGCGGAGUGAAAGUCUUAAGUGAUGGCCGGCUUGAUAUAAAGCUCAACGAACAUAUGCCACAGCUCGCAGGGUUAUUGAAUCGCAUUCAAACGACAAAUAAGCCACCAGAUCUAGAAGCUUUAGCAGACCAACCGACCCCUGAAGCAAUACCACCAGAUGAAGGCAAACACUUCCCACUGAAGCUGAACAUCGUCAUUCAAGUUAUCGGAUCUCGGGGUGACAUCCAACCGUUUAUUGCGCUAGGAAAGGAAUUGAAAGCAUAUGGACACCGCGUACGGCUAGCAACCCACCUAAACUUCCGGGAAUGGGUGCUUGAGGCCGGCUUGGAGUUCUUCAAUAUCGGUGGUGAUCCCGAGGAGCUGAUGGCUUUUAUGGUCCAAAAUCCCUCUCUACUUCCCGCGUUCAGCACGAUCCGAAGCGGAGCCAUCCAGAAACGCCGGCGUGAAAUGAAAGAGAUCAUAUACGGCUGUUGGCGGUCAUGUAUUGAGACAGGUGACGGCACGGAGCUGCAUCAGAUCAAAGAGGAUCUCUGGAGUGAGACGGUGGACUAUCGUCGAAGGCCGUUCGUUGCUGAUACAAUAAUUGCUAAUCCACCCAGCUUGGGCCAUAUCCAUUGCGCGCAGCGGCUGGGGAUUCCACUUCAUAUGAUGUUCACAAUGCCAUGGUCAGCUACUCAGGCGUUUCCGCAUCCACUGGCCGUUCUUCAUCCGCAGGAUUGCAAGCCAACCGUUGCAAAUCUCAUAUCGUAUACCGUUGUGGAUAUAAUGAUUUGGGAGGGAUUGGGAGAUCUGGUCAAUUCAUGGCGGAAGAGGUGCCUGGCACUCGAUCCGUUAGAUUCGAUCACGGCGCCAAGCCUACCACAGCGCCUCGGAGUUCCGUUCUCAUAUCUAUGGUCGCCGGCAUUGCUGCCAAAGCCACGCGAUUGGGAUGAUCACAUCGAUAUUUGCGGCUUCAGCGUAUUACCUACAAAGUCAGACUACACGCCUCCAAAAGAGAUCGUCGAUUUUCUCAACGCAGGGCCCACUCCACUCUACGUCGGAUUUGGUUCUAUUGUGGUAGAAAACCAAAUCAAACUGACUCAAGUCGUGUUCAACGCAAUAGAAAACGCUGGCCAGCGCGCAAUAGUUUCGAAAGGUUGGGGAAACCUUGGGGUCGAUGAGGUAGAUGUACCAGAUAAUAUCCUCAUCGUCGGCAGCGUACCACAUGACUGGUUAUUCCAGCAUGUAUCAUGCGUGAUUCAUCACGGUGGUGCUGGCACCACUGCCGCAGGACUUGCUCUUGGACGGCCGACUAUCAUUGUUCCUUUCUUUGGAGACCAACAGUUUUGGGGAAGUAUCGUUGCAGCAGCUGGAGCUGGGCCGCAGCCCGUACCUCACAAGCAACUCACAGUUGAGAAUCUUACCGAUGCAAUUCAAAAUGCGCUGAAACCUUCUGUGCAAGAGAAGGCGCAAGAAAUCGCGGAUAAAAUGCAAAAAGAGUCCGGCACACGAGAUGGAGUACGCAGCUUUCAUCGACAUCUUAACCUGAAGACUUUACGAUGCGCAAUAUGUCCCACUCGUCCUGCUGUGUGGCACCUUAGGCAAACUUCAGUUGGGCUCAGUGCUUUUGCUGCAACAGUACUGGUUGAAAUGGGGGCUUUACAACCAGAGAAUCUUGCCCUGAGCCGAGCAUCGGAGUAUGACACAUACCGUAAUCCUGUAGGCCCUGUCAGCGCAGGAGCCCAGGUUCUACUCGGAGCUAUCGCGAAUUUUGUGACCGGGCUCGGCGAGGUUCCUUAUGAUAUCGUUACGGAUUUUGUCACAGCCGGUCGUGCAAUACAUCAGACUCAUGCCCAGAGUGAAGGGCAACGAAGAUUUUCGUGGAGGAGAUUCCGCAGAAGCCAAGAUUCAGACCAGAGUAGUGAUGAGGAGCAGUACCAUGAGUCCGCUGAGUAUCAUCAACAUACCGAGCCUCAAGAGCCCACCGGGUACCAAGAGCCCGCCGUGUAUCCUGGACCUGACCAGUCCCAAGGACAUGGGCUUUCAGAUAGCGAUGAGGAUGAUGAUAAUUAUGAAGGUGGUAUUGAUCUCGCUGACGGAAUAAGCCUUGACACGAACGACAGCGAAACUGACAACAUAAGACACGAAAAAAUGAACAGUAAUUUACCAGCUAGCGCAGUUGGCGCGAAAAAGGGUUUACCGCGUGAUCGAUCGGAACUUAUGACCUAUCUGGAGUCACACAAAAAGAAAGGUGUAACUCAAGAGAUACGCACUCACAGCAGUCGAAUGUCGAUGAAAUUUUUGAAAAACAUACUCUGGCUCCCAACGGACUUGACUCUCAGCAUGUCCAAAGGAUUCCACAAUGCGCCGAGGAUAUACCAUGACCAAAUGAUCACAGAACUGCCAAAGGUUAUUGGAAUUCGGAGUGGACUCGCGGCAGCCAGAAUUGAAUUCCGCGAUGGGUUUUACUACGGUAUCACGGGCUUGAUCACGCAGCCCCGGUACGGUGCCAAGCAGGAAGGAGCAAAAGGAGUGUUUAAAGGAAUUGGGAAAGGGAUUGGCGGUGUCUUCCUGAAGCCACCAGCAGGUCUCUGGGGGCUGUUUGGAUAUCCCUUGGUUGGGAUCCGCAGGAAGCUUCAAAGGUCAUUAGGCAGGAGCCAGGAGCUUGGUAUCAUCGCAUCUCGAAUAGCGCAAGGUAUUGAAGAAAUGCAGGCGUCUACCCCUGAGGAACGCGCCGAGGUUGCUCGAAAAUGGCAUAUUCUCAAAGAUGAACUUCAUGCCGCUUAG